AUGGAUGAUUCUAAUGACUCAACGACACUUGAUCCAACAGUUGAAUUUAAUGCUUAUUUGAAUGAUCCAGUACGCACAAAAUUUUCCGAUUAUUGGUUUCAUUCUCAACUAAACAUUCUUAAAAAAUUGUCUAUGCGCCUAUUUUCAGUUCAAGCAUCAUCAACACCUAUUGAACGCGCAUUCUCCCAUGCUGGAUUGAUAUUGUCGCAAAGAAGAACAAACAUGAGCGAACAAUUAUUUCGUGAUUUAGUAUUUUUACGCGUGAAUCAAAAGUUGUUAUAA